GCAGUAGCAGUUCUGUCUCAAAGAGAGAGAGCAGACAGAUAGAACAAGGCAUUAUGCAGCUAGUACUAUAUUAUCCAGAUAUACACUAGGUAUGCAAGAGGACAGCGAUACUAGAAGGAUAACCCUAAGACAUUAUUCAGCUAGUACAGUAGGACACAUUAUACUAAAGAGAGGAGUGUACUGUUGAUUCUAUAGAAGAACUGACUAUACAGGACAAAGGAGACUGUUGAUUGUAGACAGAUAUGCAGCUUGUUUCAGUGAUGUAACUACUAGCUCACUAUCAUCCAACCCUCUCAGUCUACUGACUAAAGAGGAGAGAAGAGGAGAGCAAGACAGGAGAGGAGAAAGACUAGAAGGCAGGUUAAAGAGGACUUCCGGCGCAGCAGGUUGGAGGUGUGUGUGUACCAUGGCAGGGGCUCAGCCAGGGACACAUGCUCUGAAGCUCAAACCGCUGACCGUCCCCGACACUCUGAAGAAUGGCAGCCGCUUCAUGAAAUGGGACGAUGAUCUCUCGACAGUGACUCCCAUCACCCUGACUGUGGAUCCACACGGAUACUUUCUUCACUGGACUGAUCAGAACAAGGAGACAGAGUUUUUAGACAUCACCCAUAUAAAGGAUGCCAGAACAGGGAAGAGCACCAAAACACCAAAGGAGGCGAAGCUGCGUGAGCUGCUUGAUGUGGGGAACCUGGUCGGUCGUAUAGAGAACCGUCUGUUGACCGUAGUCACAGGACCGGACAUGGUCAACAUCACAUACCUCAACUUCAUGGCCCUGCAAGAGGAAGAGGCCACGGAGUGGGCUGAGGAGCUGUUCUCUCUGGCAUCCAACCUGCUGAGUCACAACAUGAACAGAGAAACCAGUCUGGAAAAAGCGUACGUCAGACUGACCUUGCAGCCAAACUCAGAGGGGCGGAUCCCAGUGAAGAACAUCGUCCGCAUGUUCUCAGCAGACAAAAAGAGAGUGGAGACGGCCUUGGAACACUGCAACUUACCCUUUGGACGGAGCAACUCUAUUCCCCUUGAGGACUUCACCCCUGACGUUUACAGAUCUUUCCUCUCCCACCUAUGUCCUCGGCCAGAACUCAGCUCAGUCUUUUCUCAGCAAGGUGCUAAGGGUGCUUACCUGUCUGUGGAUCAGAUGACAGAGUUUAUUAACGAGAGGCAGAGAGAUCCUCGUCUGAAUGAGAUUCUGUAUCCUCCUCUCAGACCCUCUCAGACACAGACCCUGAUGGAGAAAUAUGAACUCAUCCAGAGCCUGCUUAAACAAGGGCUGAUCACAUUGGAGGGGUUCAGCAGAUACCUGGUGUCUGAUGAGAAUGGAGUGAUUCCACCUGAGAAGUUAGACCAGUCUGAAGACAUGACCUUCCCCCUGUCUCACUACUUCAUCAACUCCUCACACAACACCUACCUCACAGCGGGGCAGCUGGCAGGAAGUUCAUCAGUGGAGAUGUACCGUCAGGUGAUGUUGGCAGGCUGUCGCUGUGUGGAGUUGGACUGUUGGAAAGGACGGACCGCAGAGGAGGAACCAGUCAUCACGCACGGCUUCACCAUGACCUCAGAGAUCUGCUUUAAGGAGGUGAUUGAGGCCAUUGCUGAGUGUGCUUUUAAAACCUCUCCUUUUCCUGUCAUCCUGUCCUUUGAAAACCAUGUGGACUCGCCAAAGCAACAAGCCAAGAUGGCAGAAUACUGUAGGUCAAUUUUUGGAGAUGCACUACUGAUAGACCCACUGGAGAAAUAUCCUCUGGAGUCUGGGGUACCCUUGCCAAGUCCUCAGGAGCUGAUGGGUAAAAUCCUCAUCAAGAACAAGAAAUCCCACAAGCCCUCGGCUGCCCAUGGCAACAAGCAACUGGCAGAGCAUCCAGCCAACCAGAGCGCAGCAGAGGAACAGGCAACAGAUGAACCCUCGUCUCCUAACAACAUCACAGCCGGUGAAAUAGAGGCUGAAGACGAUGACGAUGAUGAUGACGAUGACUGUAAGAAGACGUCAGAUGAAGGGACAGCAGAGGAACGGGAGGCCGUAGCUACAGAGGAGAUGUCCACUCUGGUCAACUACGUCCAGCCCACCAAGUUCAACUCCUUCGAGGCUUCCAAAAAGGUUAAUCGUAGCUAUCAAAUGUCAUCAUUUGUGGAGACUAAAGCUCUGGAGCACCUCACCAAGUCGCCCGUGGAGUUUGUGGAAUAUAACAAGCAGCAGUUGAGUCGUAUCUACCCUAAAGGCACGAGGGUGGACUCCUCCAACUACAUGCCACAACUCUUCUGGAAUGCUGGCUGCCAGCUGGUGGCACUCAACUUCCAAACUAUAGACCUGUCUAUGCAGUUGAACCUGGGCAUGUAUGAGUACAAUGGGAAGAGCGGCUACAGACUGAAACCAGAGUUCAUGAGAAGACCAGACAAACACUUUGACCCGUUCGCUGAGAGCACCGUGGACGGCAUAGUGGCCAACACUGUCAAGGUCAAGAUAAUCUCAGGCCAGUUUCUGAGCGACAAGAAGGUAGGUGUGUACAUAGAGCUGGACAUGUUUGGUCUUCCUGUGGACACCAGGAGAAAAGCCCUGAAGACUAAGACGUCCCAGAGCAACGCUAUCAACCCAGUCUGGGAUGAAGAGCCAAUUAUCUUCAAGAAGGUGGUUCUCCCCACAUUGGCCUCUCUGAGAAUCGCUGCAUUUGAGGAAGGAGGAAAGUUCAUAGGUCACCGUAUUAUCCCUGUGCCAGCCAUACGGCCCGGUUAUCGCUACAUCGGACUGAGGAAUGAGAAGAACCAGUCUCUGAUUCUGCCUGCUGUGUUUGUCUACAUUGAAGUGAAGGACUAUGUCCCAGACACCUUUGCAGAUGUAAUCGAGGCGCUGUCUAACCCCAUCCGGUAUGUGAAUCUCUUGGAGCAGCGGUCCCAGCAGCUGGCUGCUCUCACUCUGGAGGAAGGGGAGGAGGAGACCAGUAAAGAGAUUGAGGCUAAUGCUGAUCAACCCGGGCUUGCUGAGCCAAAAGCCAACCUACGAUCUGCUCCUUUGGAGAACGGUCUCAGCCCCAGCCCUGCCGUCACACCCAGAACUCUGACUAAUACACCCCAGUCUGCAACUACAGUUGUUUCAGAACCAACCAAACCAGCAGCGAAGACUGAAGACAUGGUGCAGAGCGUUCUGAUAGAUAUGAAGGCGGCCACACUAGAGGAGCUCAGGCAACAUAAGCUGAUAGUGCGGGAGCAGAAGAGACACUACAGGGAGAUGAAGGAUGUGGUGAAGAGACACCAGAAGAAGACUUUGGAGAUGGUGAAGGAACAGACCACCAAGUACAACCAGGCUCAGAACCAACACACACGCAGACACAAUGCUCUCCUGAAGACUAAACAACAUGGUAAGACAAGAAGUUUGUCACCUGAAGGGAAGGCUGAACUGAAACAGUUUGAGGAUGGAGAGGGGCAACUGAGGGAGCUGAGAGAACAACAACAGCAACAGUUACUGGAGUUGAGACAGGAACAAUACUACAGUGAGAAAUACCUCAAACGAGAACACAUCAAACAGAUGAGUGAGAAACUGACUACGGUGACUGAGGAAAGCCAGAACAACCAGAUGAAGAAAUUAAAAGACAUAUGUGACAAAGAAAAGAAAGACCUGAAAAAGAAAAUGGACAAAAGGAGAACAGAGAAAAUCAAAGAAGCUAUGACAAAAGAGAAGCACUUGGUAGAAGAGGGGAAGUUGGAGAUCAACAAAUCAUAUGUGAAUGAAGUGGUACAGAACAUCAAAAGGCUGGAGGAUGCUCAGGCAAAACGCCAAGAGAGACUGGUGGAGCAGCACAAAGACAUCCAGCAGCAGAUUCUUGAUGAGAAACCAAAGCUGCAGGGUGCAGUGGAGGCGGAGUACCAGGAGAAGUUCUGUAUGUUGCCGGGGGAGAUCCAGGACUUCCUGCAGAACAGGAAAGGGGGGGUCAAAGGUUACGUCGUGCCCCAGCCCUCCACCCCCCAUGACAUACUCUCUGAGGAGGAACUAGAGGACCAGAGGAAGUGAGAAAGACAGAAAGCGAGAGGAGAUGGAAAGAGAGCUUUUCUUCUAAUAAAUGCUGGUUUACUACUGCACUCUAAA